GUGUAGGGUUGAUCUACAUUCAUAUUUUUACUCAGACGCUUAGAGGAGAGCAUGACUUGUACACACAGAUCAAGGCUAUAUUUGGUGCUUUUGUGCUUUUUGUUCUCUGAAAGAUGCUGGUCAGCGGCUGCCCUGAGUGUGAAGUGUAUGAUCAUCAACCUUCAGUAUGUGGAGUGCACAUGGCAUCCAAAGACAUCAGAGAUGAAUUAUACCUUCAGCAGUGCAUUUAAAAAUAAGAGUUCUUACAAAGACUGCCCAGAAUACAUACUGGGACAGAGUUACACUAUUGGCUGCAGAAUCCCUUUAAAAAAGGAACAUGAUAAAUUUGCCAAAUUUUAUACAAAUACAUAUAUUGGAGGAAACAAAUCGGUUUCACAAGAUUUUGAUUCCCUACAAAGAUAUGUGCAGUUAAACUCUCCAUAUAACCUGUCAGUGGUUUGGUUUGAACAAAACAGCACACUUGUUCUGCAAUGGAAAAACAGCACUCGCAACAAGUGUGCAGUCUAUAUGGUGCACCAGCAGACAAACACAAACCAGGAAAAGUACACUAAUGUGACAGGAACAUCAUACAGUCCAUCGCACAUCUCACCAAAUAAACACAAUGUUUUUCGGGUGAGGAGCACCGUUUCUGAUAAUUGUGGGCCUUCAGAUUUCUGGAGUAACUGGAGUGAUACAGUGGAGUGGGGCACUGCAGAAAACAUCACCAGGUGGCAAGGGCUGCUUGGUAUUUUGCCAGUCUUGCUGCUAUUACUGCUGGUGUCGUUAUUGUGCUAUUGUGAGAGGAAAAAGAUCUUACUUCCAAUAGUGCCUGACCCUAGCAAGAACUUACAGGAUUUGUUCCGUAAACAUGAUGGAAACGUUGAGAGCUGGGUUUACAUCUCUAAAGAGCUAAAGGAAGCUUUUGAGCCAGACUACACAGAGCCUUCCUGUGACGUGUGCGAGGUUACACCCCCUUGUGAUGUCAGUGCUACACCUGUGGCCACUCCUACCUCUGAGGCAGACACCUGUGAUAGGACAAACAGUGAAGAAAUGCCUGCAAAACAGCUCAGUUUAUAGGCUUACGUGGUAUUGACUGUUCAUAAGGAUCAAUGUUAAUCAAUACAAUAUUUUCUGUUUGUAUAAGAGCAUGCUGAUGUUUAAUAAAUAAAUGGAUUAACAAGGAUGGUUGGUUUCAUGUGUACAAUUCUUUGACAACAUUUAUUUGUUGGAUAUAUGCAUGUUAAUAUAUUUAGUUUGUAGCUUUUUGAAUGAAUUUUAAAACGAUAAAAAAACUCAUUAUUGCAAUAUAAAUGUGUUAUUGUUUAAUCUUUCUCAGGUCAAGAAUAUUUUUCUCCUCAUCACAGGCUACUUUUCCUUCUCUUGUUCUGGGUCAUUGUGACAUCACUGUUCUAAAGAUUAUGUUACAGUAAUUUCUGAGCGUUGUUACACCAGACAGCAUCUUAAAAAGUAACCAGCAGCCAGUGUUCAGUUUCUUUAGCUUUCUGCAAUAAUGUUUGUUAAAAUUGAACAUGGAGCUGAUAUGAAGUUUAUAUAUUUAGAAAGUGAAGAUUUCCUUGUCAACAUCGAUUGUCAAGUGGGUUUCUUCAUGCAGUAUAUAAGAACCAAAUUGGGACUGGCAGAGUCAG